AGUGGAAUUUGUAGAACUUCAACCUGCCGUUUCAAUAGCAGGACAGCAGUGGAACUGAGGAGCUUAGAGAGGACGACAUAGGAAUAUUAGAGACAACUCACUCACAGGAAUAAUGUCCUUAUCUUUCGAGGGAAGAGUCGUGCUUGUCACUGGAGCCGGAGGAGGACUUGGCAGAGAAUAUGCCCUGGCUUUUGCUGAAAGAGGCGCCUCAGUUAUAGUGAAUGACCUUGGGGUUGACACUAAAGGGGUUGGAAAGAGUUCUGCAGCUGCUGAUAAGGUGGUGGAAGAGAUAAGAGCAAAGGGAGGCAAGGCCGUCGCAAACUAUGAUUCUGUAGAAGAUGGAGAAAAACUGAUCCAGGCAGCACUAGAUGCAUUUGGAAGAAUCGAUGUUGUUGUAAACAAUGCUGGGAUACUUCGUGACCGAUCGUUUGCCUCGACCAGUGAUCUGGACUGGGAUCUGAUUCAAAGAAUUCACUUGAGGGGCUCCUUCCAGGUGACUCGAGCGGCCUGGAGCCACAUGAAAAAACAGAAAUAUGGAAGAAUCAUCAUGACGGCUUCAGCUGCAGGCAUCUAUGGUAACUUUGGUCAGGCCAACUACAGCGCUGCCAAGCUGGGUCUGCUGGGUCUGUCUAACACCUUGGCCAUUGAGGGACGCAAAUACAACAUCCACUGCAACACUAUUGCUCCGGUUGCAGGCUCUCGCCUCACAGAGACCGUCAUGCCCCCUGAUCUUUUGGCAACUCUGAAGCCUGAGUAUGUGGCUCCCCUGGUCCUCUGGCUCUGUCAUGAUCAGUGUCAAGAAAAUGGAGGACUAUUUGAGACUGGGGCAGGCUGGAUUGGUAAAUUGCGCUGGGAGCGUGCUCAGGGACACAUUGCGAGGAGCAAGAACCAACCCAUAACAGCUGAGGCUGUCAGGGACCAGUGGGACAAAAUCUGUGAUUUUACAGACUCCAGCACACCGUCUAAUAUACAAGAGUCUCUCCAGUUAAUUGUGAGCACGCUGUCUCAAGUGGAGUCAGAGGGAGAGGUUGGUGCAAAUCCAACAGCUGCUGCUUCAGUCUCCAGUUCAGGGAUGAGUCCUGCGGAGGCAGUGGGACAUAAACUACCACCAAACACAUUUAACUACAAUCACGCACAGUGUAUCCUCUAUGCAUUGGGGGUCGGCAUGUCCACCAAAGAACCUGACCAUCUUAGGUUCCUGUACGAAGGCCAUCAAGAUUUUGGCUGCCUCCCCACCUUCGGAGUCAUUCCUGCUCAGGCGGCAAUGAUGGAACUCACCUCUGUCCCUGGAAUCAACUUUGAUUUGACAAAGCUUUUGCACGGAGAGCAGUAUCUGGAGCUUUACAAGCCUCUACCAACUUCAGGUCCACUAACUUCUCAGUCCACCAUAGCAGAUGUUUUGGACAAAGGCUCUGGAGCCGUCAUCAUCUUGGACGUGAACACCUACUGUGGCGACGAGCUGCUCUGCUUCAACCAGUUUUCUUUGUUUGUGACCGGAGCUGGAGGCUUUGGAGGGAAGAGAAACUCCAAUAAAGCGAAAGCUACUGUGCCACCACCUCAACGACCACCAGAUGCUGUGGUGACUGAUUUUACCACAAGAGACCAAGCAGCCUUGUAUCGUUUGAGUGGAGACUGGAAUCCUCUUCAUAUAGACCCCAGCUUUGCUGCCAUGGGAGGAUUCAAGGCUCCCAUCCUGCAUGGCCUGUGCUCAUUUGGCUUUGCUGCGAGAAAUGUCCUCAAGCAGUUUGCCAACAACGACCCCUCCAGAUUCAAGGCUAUCAAGGUUCGCUUUGCUAAGACGUUGGUGCCUGGUCAGUCACUGAAGACUGAGAUGUGGAAAGAAGGCAACAGGAUUCACUUCCAGUGCAAAGUGAAUGAUACUGAUGUAAUUUUACUGUCAGGGGCCUACAUGGAUUUACACGAUGCCCCAGAUGCUUCUCCCGAAAGUCUCACUCAAGUAUGUUCAGCUGAGAAUACUCAGCAUUCAAAUUCACAUUCUUCCAUGCACAGUAGCUCAGAAGCUUCUUGUUUCUUGGUGCCUACCAUUGUGCAGGUUGGAGGUCUUCAGAGCGAGCUGGUGUUUGCAGAGAUCGGCCGUCGUAUAAAGGACUCGGGCUCAGAGUUGGUUAAGAAGGUGAACGCCGUGUUUGGCUGGGAGAUUACCAAAGAUGGCAAGAUCACGGCACAGUGGACCAUCGAUCUGAAGAACGGCAGUGGCUCGCUGCAUAAAGGUCCUGACGGUGGGAAAGCAGAUGUGACCUUGACGGUGUCUGAUGAAGACUUCAUGGACGUGGUGCAGGGGAAACUCAACCCUCAGAAGGCAUUCUUCUCUGGCAAACUGAAGGUUAAAGGGAACAUCAUGCUGAGUCAGAAACUGGAUGUCAUCCUGAAGGACUACGCCAAGCUGUGAGCUCCUCGGCAGAGCAGCCACAUGACUUUAAACCGAACGAGCCUCGCAGCCUCCGUCUGUCCACUCACACGAGGCGUUUCUGAAGAGAAACACACUAAUUAAACAGAGUUGGAGCUCUGAAAUAAUAAUCAUGAAGCAAUGUGUCAAAUAAUAAUAAACUGUAUCAUAUGGUUGUUUGUUCUGAGAAUUUUUUUUUUCUCAAAUCACAAGAAUGAAGAACUCAUUGUCAUUCCAUUGGACUUGAAUCCCUCGUGCCUUUAAAUUAAUAUAUAUCUCUGUCUGUUUUCAUAAUUCACUGUAAUCAACAUCAGUCAAAACAUGAUGUUCUGGUGUGUCAGUACUAAACAUCACUUACAUAUAUUAAGUAAAUGUAGUGGGUGAAGUGAUAAUAAAACUAAAACCUGUUGAUAAAAUCAUGUUCAUAUAAUCUGUAACGAAAGUCAUGAAAAUGAAUGAAUUGCUAUUUGCUCUUCUAUG